ACUGACAGACAGGAACACGGCGAAUGGGCGAUAUACCCACUUGGGUCUGUUUAUAAAAGGAGCCAGUUCAGCGACUGAGCGCUGGUUUAUCGGGCUGGAGCGAAGAGCAGGCAGAGGCAGAGCAGUGCUGGGGCAGAUUACUCCAGAUGGACGGGAUACUGAAUCAUACAGCCGAGGAUUCCGAGGAUUAUUACCGGCUGCUGGGCUGCGACGAGCUGUCCACGACUGAGCAGAUCAUUGCAGAGUUCAAAGCCAAGGCCCUGAGCUGCCAUCCUGACAAAAAUCCGCACAAUCCGAAAGCAGUGGAACAAUUUCAGAAGCUGCAGCAAGCGAAGGAGACCUUAACCAAUGAAGUGCGGCGUUCCCGCUAUGACCACUGGUGUCGCAGUAGGAUUGCAAUUCCAUUUCAACAGUGGGAGGCUCUGAGUGACACUGUCAAAAUGUCCAUGCACUGGGCAGUAAGAAGUAAGAAAGAGCCAAUGCUGGAGGCACCUACUCUACAUUCAGGAGGCUCUACCAAGACAGGGGAACAAAGACUGUCAACAGAGGAGGAAUGGAGUGAGGUGUGUACUGGUGACACGGAGCAAGCGGAUUUAAAUGAUGAUCAGAAUUUUUCAGAGAGUCCCAUCUCUCCACGAAUUUCCAAUGUGAGCAACUGUCAUUACCAUUUUCGUUGGUCAGCAGACUCUCCUUCAGAAUUGCUACGGAAAUUCAGAAACUAUGAAAUCUGACACAGGUUCAAACGCUGAGAUGUUAUGUAGUUUCUCAAUCUUUCUGUUAAAAUGUCUUUCACCCAGAUAAGUGCUUUCCUUGUUAAUUGAUGCUUCAGGGAGUCGUCUUAUUGUGAUAUGUUGUGCAUGUCCACAUACUGUCUUGGUAAAAACACUUACAAUUUGUAACCUAAGAUUAGAGAUGGCAGGUGUUGUUGCAAUUUCCUCUUGUGUAUGUUAUUAAACAUUAAUUGUAAGA